AUGGCAGCAAACAAAAUGGCCGGUGUCUCUGUAGACCCGAGCAAAGAGGAGCAGAUUUACUUGGAGGAGGUCGCGGCAGUGAAGAAGUGGUGGUCGGAUUCGAGAUGGAGAUAUACUAAGAGACCGUUCACGGCCGAGCAGAUUGUUGCAAAGAGGGGAAAUCUGAAGAUUGAUUACCCAAGUAAUGUGCAGUCAAAGAAGCUUUGGAGUAUUCUGGAGGGUAGAUUCAAGAAUGGUGACGCAAGCUAUACAUAUGGAUGUCUCGAACCCACGAUGUUGACACAGAUGGCCAAGUAUCUCGACACUGUAUAUGUUUCUGGGUGGCAGUCGUCCUCCACAGCCUCUUCCUCCGAUGAACCAGGGCCAGAUCUAGCAGAUUAUCCAUAUACCACUGUCCCAAAUAAGGUGGCACAUCUCUUCAUGGCACAACUCUUCCAUGACCGUAAACAGCGCGAGGAAAGGAUAAUGACCAAAUCAAAGUCUGAUCGGGCGAAGCUUCAGAACGUUGAUUACCUACGCCCAAUCAUCGCAGAUGCGGAUACUGGUCAUGGUGGAUUGACAGCUGUCAUGAAAUUGACUAAGCUAUUCGUAGAGAAAGGAGCCGCUGGUAUACAUAUCGAGGAUCAGGCGCCAGGAACUAAGAAGUGCGGGCAUAUGGCAGGAAAGGUUUUGGUGCCUAUUAGUGAACACAUCAAUCGCUUGGUGGCUAUUAGAGCCCAGGCCGAUAUAAUGGGCUCCGACCUUCUGGCAGUUGCUCGAACAGAUGCUGAAGCAGCAACUCUCAUCACUACGACUAUUGACCCAAGAGAUCAUCCCUACAUUCUAGGCUCAACAAAUCCGUCCCUACAACCAUUGGCUACCUUGAUGCUCGCAGCUGAACAAGCCGGAAAAUCAGGGCCUGAGCUCCAAGCAAUCGAAGACGAGUGGACGAAACAAGCCGGUCUCUCUCUAUUCAACGACGCCGUGCUAUCCACUAUCUCUUCCGGAACAUUCAUGAACAAGAAGGAACUCUCUACCCAAUUUCUCACAUCCGUAAAAGGAAAGUCCAACACCGAAGCCCGCGCCAUCGCCCGAGGAAUCACAGGUGUCGACAUCCCAUGGGAUUGGGAUUCUCCACGUACCCGAGAGGGCUAUUACAGACUCCAGGGCGGCUGCGAAUGUGCCAUCAACCGCGCCAUUGCCUACGCACCCUACGCUGAUGCCAUCUGGAUGGAGUCCAAACUCCCAGAUUUCAAACAGGCAGAACAAUUCGCCAAGGGCGUCCACGCCGUCUGGCCAGAACAGAAAUUAGCGUACAAUCUCUCCCCAUCCUUCAACUGGAAAUCCGCCAUGCCACGUGCAGAACAAGAAACUUACAUCCAACGCCUCAGUAAACUGGGUUACUGCUGGCAAUUCAUCACGCUUGCAGGUCUUCACACGACGGCGUUGAUCAGUGAUCAGUUCGCCAAGGCGUACAGUAAGCAGGGUAUGAGAGCGUAUGGAGAGUUGGUUCAGGAGCCGGAAAUGGAGGGCGGUGUGGAUGUGGUUAAGCAUCAGAAAUGGAGUGGUGCGAAUUAUGCGGAUGAGUUGCUGAAGAUGGUCACGGGGGGUGUGAGUAGUACCAGUGCGAUGGGAGCAGGUGUGACUGAGGAUCAAUUUCAUUGA